UUAAACUGCAAUUUCAAUUCAAUUGCUCGUCCCCUCUCCAUCAAUAUUCUUCAGAAAAACCCUAGAAGUGUUAAAAAAAAUAAAAUAAAAUAAAACGCAAAAUCUCAAUCCAAAAAGAAGUGAAACAAUGGGGAUAGAAAGUUACAUAGUGGUGCACAACAUAGCGAAGAGGCACAACGUUGGCACACUAGCACGAAGCGCCACAGCAUUUGGCGUGACGGAGCUUAUUCUUGUGGGCCGCAGGGACUUCAAUGCCUUUGGUAGCCACGGCUCCACCUCUCACCUCCGAUUCCGCCACUUCCACUCUCUCCUUGAAGCCCGGAAUUUCCUCAAGGAGAAGGAUUGUGAUAUUUGUGGUGUGGAGAUUGCUGAUGGUGCUUUGCCUGUAAAUGAGCAUCCUUUUAAUAAGAGUACGGCUUUCCUUCUUGGCAACGAGGGAACAGGCCUAUCUGCCAAAGAAUGUGAGAUUUGUGACUUUUUUGUUUAUAUCCCACAAUAUGGGUGUGGUACGGCCUCAUUAAAUGUUACUGUAGCAGCUUCCAUUGUUCUGCAUCAUUUUGGAGUUUGGGCAGGCUUUUCUGAGAGAAUUCGUGAGGGAAAUAAGUUUAUUGUGGCAGAAAGACCCGUGAAACAGGCAAAGUACUGCACAGAAACAGAAGAAUCCAUCAUUGAAGAGCGAAAAACUAGAAAAGAACAUGCCUCUAAUGGAUUCUUUGAUGAAUCGAGAAAUGGAGAUUCAGCUUCAAACCUUCUGGAUGCUUUGUUUAAUGAUGAGUGAUUGAACUCAUAAGUGUCAUUUUUUCAACCGGAUAGAACUCAACACAUUGUUGUCCUGAAAUUCACAAGGCAUGAGGUCAUGGAUUUUGUACCUCAGUGUUGUAGAGUAGCAGAAGCGAGCCGCAGCUGAUUAGUGCAGAUAAAGUGCAUGCUAACCCUUGAAGUUGAAGAGUUUGAAUUGUAGUGUUUUUGAAAUUGCUUGAGCACCAUAUUUUGGGGGUUCUCAAAGCAUCAUAGAAAGGAAAGUUCUACAAACUAUCAUUAAAUGAACACUACCGUUAUGUUGCUUUGUAUCUGUUACCGAUAAAAUAGCUGACUCAUUUUUGUCAGUUUUU